AUGCAUGGCUCUAGAUGUUCUCCGUCAGACAGAUUGCUCAACGGGCCUCAGUCGCCACCAUCCACAGGCUCAGCAGCGCAAUCGGUUCUGUCGAUGAAUGACCCUUUGAAGCGACGAGGUACAGGCUCUCAUAUGCAGUUUGGGCCCACCUCAUUCUGGUCCUAUGCUCCCGAUGCAGGGCAGGAUCCCGGUUCCUCCACCGGCAGUGACGCCGUUAACAAUCUCCCACCCGACGACGGCAUCACCACUGACCUUCUCCCUGGCGAUUAUGUAGAGUGGGCCCGUCAUUUGCCGCGAGAUCUAAGAAUUACGAAAAAAGUUCAUGACACCGCUCUUGCUCUCUUUGGUGCUUACUACGCACCUUGGUGUAUGGCAGUCGAUAUGCCCGCUUUUCUCCGGGACAUGGAGAUAUGUAAUUUGGUGGCCAAAACACCAACCACUCAACCUAUUCUUCGAAGGACGUCAAAUUAUUCCCCAUUACUGCACAAUUGUGCACUUCGUCUGGGAGUACAUUUCAACAGGGAUGUAUGGCCAGAACUGGCGGGUAUGAUGGAUGGUCUGAUCUCCAAACACUGCGCGAGUAUGCUAAUCGAGGAGACCGAUGAUCCGAAUCUGAGUACGCCCAAGGCAUUAGCCUUGUACGCAGCGUGUCUGAAUUUGAGAAACGAAGAAUCAGCGCAGAAAACAGGGUAUAUUCACUUCGGUAUGGCAUUUGCCUGUGUUCAAGCGCUCGGAGUCAAUCUGAAUUGCAGACACCUGGUAGAGUCAGGUCAGAUCACACGGCAAGAUCAAGCAUUGAGGAGCUCUAGCUACUGGACACUCUUCCAACAGGAUCUGCUUCGCGCCAUCUGUGCGGGGCGUCCUUUCAUGCUCCGCGCUACUUCCGAUAUCCAUUUACCUCUCAUCGACGCCGACGCCGAUCAGGAACCUUGGCUCUCUCCGUUUAGCAAUGUAUCCGUCAACGGACGCAACUCGUUGCGAUCUUCAGUCUUCCACUGGACUGCUAAACUUGCUUGUCUUCUUAGGCAAGUGGUAGAUAUCGCUCUAUCGACAAAUUAUGACGGACUGAACCGCGACCUCCAAGUGACGGACCUCAUCUCCAAGCUAGAUGCGUGGCAGCGCGAUCAACCUCUCCCCAACCCACAAGCCCACCCUGUGCCACAUCUCCUAGUAAUGCAUAUGCUAUUCCACUUAACCUAUAUCUAUCUCCUGCGACCUUACUUUAGAGCUUCUUUGGAUAUAGCUCCUUCGGCAGCUCAAAGAUGUCAGCAAGCAACCAAUGAGAUUUCUGAGCUUCUCAAGACAUUCGAUGAAAUCCACGGCUUGCGAAACGCCGUCGCCACUAUCAUGAUCUUCGGAAUGGUGACCAUUCGCCUUCUGGUCCUAGUUUCCGAUUCGACAUUGUCUAUGACGGAUAGUGCCAAUGGUCUAGAUGAAUGCAUCGGAUAUAUGGACGAAAUAGCCCAUACAUGGCUUGAAGCCCGACAAGCUCUGAUGGUGAUCAAACACCUCAAAAAUGAAUAA